GCAAAUCGGAAAAAGUUUGAUAAGGAGUCAGUUGUUGUUGUUUUUUAGUAAAUACUGUGAAGAUUUAAUCGUCGCCAACUUUAGAAUAAGAGUUCAGAAAGUAGUUUACAAUGCCAGACCAUGGUCGUCCUAAGAGAGGGAAUGUGUCCUGGACUGGACGAGGACUUAGUCCGAGACCUGCGAGCUGCUGAUAUUAAAACAGUGGAAGACCUUGUUGCAUCUGACACUGAGGCGCUUGCACAGAAAUGUUCUGUGUCCUAUAAGGCUCUGUUUGCCAUCCGCAGAGUGCUGCUGGCCCAACACACAGCAUUCCCCGUGUCAGGCGCUGAUCUGUAUGAAGAACUAUUGAGCUCAACAGCCAUCAUCUCCACUGGAAAUCCCAGCUUAGAUAAACUGCUGGAUUCAGGCUUGUAUACUGGAGAGAUAACAGAGCUGUCAGGCGGCCCAGGAAGUGGCAAAUCUCAGGUGUGUUUUGGUGUCGCAGUGCACAUUUCUUACCAACUGAAACAGGGCGUAAUAUACAUCGAUACGACGGGAGGUAUGACUGCCAGCCGCUUGCUUCAAAUGCUACAAACUGAAACAAGUAACAAAGAAGAGCAGAUGGAAGCUCUUCAGAGGAUUCGUAUCUUCCGUUUGUUUGACGUCUUCUCUCUACUGGAAUGUCUGUACAGUCUUCAGGGUAGCGGGCUUCAGCAGGCGUCUGUUGGCGGUGGCUCUGUCAAGGCAGUGAUCGUGGACUCGGUGUCAGCUGUUAUCUCUCCUCUAUUGGGAGGCAAAUACAAUGAAGGCAUGUCCUUGAUGAUACAAGUGGCGAGAGUUCUUAAGACGAUGGCAAAAGACUUCAAUGUAGCUACUUUGGUAACAAACCACGUAACGAGAGGCGGCAGCAGCGGAGAGGUGCAGCCGGGCCUCGGCGUGUCCUGGAGUCACAUCCCCAGAACCAGGAUCCUGCUGGAGCGAAUGGAGAAGACCACCAUCAGCCACUCCAGUCUGCGCACGGCAACACUCAUCAAGUCCUCUAGACAGCCUUGUCACAUCAAAGAGGAGUUUGACUUGCAGUGGUGGAGCCGCUCUAAAGACGGAUCCUCAGGAAAGAGAAAACUGGACGACACUGAUUCCUGAUGAGAGAGAAAGAAAAAAAAAAAACCCUAUAAUCCUCUGCCGAAAUGUCUAAGC